UGGCCAACGGGUCUUAUGGCGAAAUUGAAAUAAACGUUUGAACCCUCUCGCUGCUGAUUGUUUGCCGAUUCAAUGAGGAUUGUUUUAGCUGUAUGUUCAAAGUACGGGCUCAUUAACAGCUAAUAUUUCAGCUAAAAUGGGGGACCAUGUUGAGCUACAGAUCACUCCAGAGACUCCAGGCAGGCCGUCAAUAAGAAACCCCUUUGAAAGUCCCAAUGACUACCACCACCUUCGGGAACCCCUGGUGCCAAGCCCAUCUGUCUUCAAGUCCAAGCCUUGUAAAGCGACUCCACCCAAGUUUAACUGGUCUAUUGACGAAAUGGCCUGUCUUCUCCCAGCGCACAUAGACCCAGAGGAGAUCCAGCGACAGUCUUUUUACCUCAGCCAGACAAGGAUGGAUUCUGACAUUGAGGAAAAGCGUCAGAAUGCUAUUGAGCAGUUUUUCACCAAAGGAGCCAUCGUGCCCUCGCCCUGGGCAGCACCAGACACCCGUAAAGGCCCUCAGAUGUAUAUGAAAAGUUCUAAGUCUGCAAUGAUUGUAGAGGAGCCAGAAAAAAUCUCAGUUGCUUGUCAGACAACUCUUUCGUUACCUUUGGCUUUUGAUUUGGAGAAAGUACUAGGGGAUUAUUACCACUACGAGGAAGCAUGUGAUGCUGUGCAGGAGAGUCUCAGUUCCUCCUCCUUAAGACGGAAGCUCUUCCUUGAUGGCCAGGGCACUUACAGCAGCUCUGACAGCUCCAGCCCACCAAGCCCAGAGAGAAGCCAUGCCAGGAAUGAGAGGCUUUCUCUAAACCGAGGAGAAGGAGCUUUAGGACAGGUUGCAGAGGGAGACGCUAUAUUGUCUAUCUUUUCCUCCCCUUUGACCUGUGGUGCGUUGGCUCCAACUCCCUCUACGGGUCAGUUCUCGUCCAGUCCCAUCCGACAUGGCUGCUUCCGGGACUGCAGCCUCGGCAGCAUCACCAGUCCUCUGCUUCCUGAUCGGUCAUCUCCUGCUGGUCUGGCCUCCCCCACAAUUUCUCCUAUUGUUGCACAUACAGCACGCACACCCAUAUGCUCAGCUGAGAGGAAGCAGCUGAGCAAUUUGACUCCACAUGGUGUUCCCGUGGACAUGAAUGUCAGUCCCUUCAAUGAGAGUCCAUUUGUCGAGGGUUGCUCUCCCAUUCGUAGCUGCUCCCCACGCCAGCUCCAUUGCCACAAUGAGCCCCAUUACAAUGCCAGACCCAAGCUCCGGCCCAGAGUCCGCUGCUGGGCCUCCCCUCCCCUCAUCUCCCCAAUCCUCAACCCUAAGUUCCAAGACAAUCCGGAGGCUGAGGACCAACUCCCCUUCUCAUCCCCCUCUUCGUCCUCUUCUCUCCCCCCUAUGGAGCUAGAUCCAUCUUCACCCCUGGCCCGCGGCGCUCACCUCACUGACAAUGAGAGAGUUACCCUGGAUCCUAUGGAACCUGUGAAAAUGGAGGAAGGCAAGGAGACAGAGAUAGAAGGAAGGUUGGAGGAAGAAGAAGAAGAAGAAGAAGAGGAGGAAGGUGAAGGGCUUUCGGGACAGCUGACCAGCUCUCGUAUGGGCAAUGUGUCAGCAACAGAAAGCUCUCGUAUGUUUUUAUCGCUACUGGCAGAGGGAAGCAGCAUACGCUGUGAUUCCAGCAUGCAGGUGGACAGUGGGUACAACACUACCUCAGCAGGCGCCGCCAGUCUUAUAGAUGGCCUCAGCUCAGACUGUCACGGCAAAGAGUCCUUAAGUUCAAACCUGGCAGAAGAAGCUUUCCAACUCACUCGGCACACUAAAGUAAAGGCAUUUUAUCCUCACCACUGAGCCAUCUGAUAGAUGCAUUUAAAGGGACGCCUCUUCCAGUGGAAGCUUAAAGAUGAUUAUUUUGCAAUCAAAUACAACAUUUACACUAUGUUUUGAAGCAUUUAUGUUGCAUUAAUUUGGUUAGGGUGAAUUGGGUUAACUGUUGAAUGCAGUAUGAGCUGAGGGGUUUCACAAGUGGUUAGAGAAAAAGUCAAUUCUGUAUCAAACUUGCACAAUAACCUCCUUUGAUGCUGUAUUGAUGCUUUUCAAUUUUAUUUGGUGCCGACAUGAUCGACCUGAUAGAUCCUGACUUUCAGAUGACAUCACAUUUGUACUGUAUUUAUCUUUUUAUAAAACAGUGUAUCAUGAUGUAUUUUUUUUUUAUAUGAUAGCUUUUUGUUCUUUGAAUGAAUAACAAUUGUUAAAAUUCA